AUGGUCCAGGCAUGCUCUAAGAAGCCCAUCUCUAAAGAUGGGCUACACCAGGUUAAGGUGGGCCGCCCAUCGGGUUCUUUCUUUCUAAGAGAUCACGACCCGGACCCAAGAGCGAAUCUGGGUCCUGGGGACAACGUCGGCUCUGUAGGAGUACAACGUUUUGGGGAGUAUGCUUUCAGAACUACACUUCCCAGAAUGCAGCCCUGGGGAAUCUUUGCAUCAGAGGCGGCAUCUGGGCUUCCUGUGAGGAACAAGCUUGAUCAAGGCCGUCACAAAGCUGGAAGGCGACAGGGUGGAUGUAAGCAGUGCGCCAAUGCCCAAGGCCCUGAACUACAAAUCCCAGCGGCCCUCGCGCGGAAGGGAGGCGUCGUACCGGAUGUCCGUUUAUACUACGGCCCGGAGAAGAGCCUGAAGCCGCGGCUUUGGAAGUCACCUAGUCUCCGCGGGACCCCGGAGAUCGGGGAGAUCUGGGUGGGGGCCCUACCCCGAGGGAUCACCAUGAUCCGAUUCAUUCUCAUCCAGAACCGAGCAGGCAAGACUCGCCUGGCCAAGUGGUACAUGCAGUUUGAUGAUGACGAGAAGCAGAAGCUGAUUGAGGAGGUCCAUGCUGUGGUCACAGUGCGGGACGCCAAGCACACCAACUUUGUGGAGUUCCGAAACUUCAAGAUCAUUUAUCGCCGUUAUGCCGGCCUCUACUUCUGCAUCUGUGUGGAUGUCAAUGACAACAACCUGGCCUACCUGGAGGCCAUCCACAACUUUGUGGAGGUCUUAAAUGAAUAUUUCCACAAUGUCUGUGAACUGGACCUUGUCUUCAAUUUCUACAAGGUUUACACGGUGGUGGAUGAGAUGUUCCUGGCUGGGGAGAUCCGAGAGACGAGCCAGACGAAGGUGCUCAAACAGCUGUUGAUGCUGCAGUCCCUGGAGUGAGGGGGCCCAGGUGGUCCCCAGCCCGGGACAUCCACCCCCAGUCCCUGCCCCUCUGUCCUCUUCCCCACAUUCCCCAGCAGAUGCUCUGAGUGCACCGUCUGGGACGGUGGGACCACACCCUGGCCGGGAUCAGGAGGAGGGGAGUCCCAUGUGUGUGGUGCCAUACAUCCUGUAACCCUGCUGUCAUGGCAGUGAUGCAGUGAGCAUGUGAGCAAGCCUGUGUGUCUGUGUGCGUGUAUGUGUGUGUGUACAUAUGUGUGUACCUGGAGCUCCCAAUAAAGUUGUGGACCUGGCCUGCC